AUUCAUGAGUCGAAAUCUAUAAAAAGAAAAGUGGCGUGAUCUCGCACGCGUGGAUUUCUAAGCCACGGUAAUACACAACACAACAGGCACGGCAGCGUAGCAAGCAGCUGAACCAAAGAUGCCAACAAUUGAAGUCAAUAGUCCAAACGUAUCCUACACAAGUGACUUUAUACAGUCCAAGUAUGUCUACCAGAACACCAAAGUGGACAGAGACGUCUCGGGAAAUAUCACCGCUACUCCCGUCGAUACCGAGUAUUUAUUCCGAACACAGCGUCGAGUUCCCAAACUCGGCGUCAUGUUAGUGGGAUGGGGCGGAAACAACGGCUCCACUAUUACAGCAACCAUCUUGGCAAACAAGCACAACAUAGACUGGCCGACCAAAGACGGCUUACAGAAGCCCAACUACUUUGGCUCCAUCACUCAGGCUAGCACAGUUUUACUUGGAACAGGCCCAGAGGGAGAGGUAUAUGUGCCCAUGAAAUCCUUGCUCCCCAUGGUCGACCCAGACGACCUAGUCUUGGACGGUUGGGACAUUUCUUCAAAGAAUUUGGCAGAUUCAAUGGAGAGAGCAAGAGUACUCGAUUACAAUCUACAAACACAACUUAAACCUUACAUGGAGAAUUUCAAACCUCGGCCGUCGAUUUACAUACCAGAAUUCAUUGCUGCUAACCAAGCCGAGAGGGCGGAUAACGUCCUAACAGGUAGCAAGCAAGAGAUGAUGACGAAAAUUCGAGAGGAUAUCCGGGAGUUUAAGAAAUCCAGCGGUGUUGAUAAGGUCAUCGUAUUGUGGACUGCUAACACCGAGAGGUUCUCGGAAAUAAUACCUGGAGUGAACGACACGGCAGAAAAUUUGAUUAGCAGCAUCCGCAACAAUGAGAGCGAAGUUUCACCCUCAACUCUAUUCGCGGUGGCCUCCAUCUUGGAAGGUGUUUCUUUUAUAAACGGUUCUCCUCAGAAUACGUUUGUACCUGGAUGUCUGGAAUUGGCCGAGAAAAAAUGCGUAUUUGUUGGAGGGGAUGAUUUCAAAUCAGGACAAACGAAACUUAAAUCGGUGUUGGUAGAUUUUCUUGUCAGUGCAGGAAUCAAGCCGAGGUCCAUCGUUAGCUAUAAUCACCUAGGAAACAAUGAUGGGAAGAACCUAUCGGCUCCACAGACAUUUCGCUCUAAAGAGAUUUCCAAGAGCAAUGUGGUAGAUGACAUGGUCAACUCCAACAGAGUCCUGUACAGCCAAGGGGAGACUCCCGACCAUUGUGUCGUCAUCAAGUACGUGCCCCACGUGGGGGACAGCAAAAGGGCCAUGGACGAGUACACGUCCGAGAUAAUGAUGGGAGGGACCAACACACUGGUCAUCCACAACACGUGCGAGGACUCGCUGCUGGCCAGUCCCCUCAUCAUUGACCUCAUUGUCCUGGCUGAACUGUGUGAGCGGAUCCAGUUCAAAGUGGGAAACGAGACCCAAUUCCAGAAAUUUAACUCCGUCUUAUCUUUCCUGAGUUACAUGUGUAAAGCCCCCCUUGUUCCCCGCGGCACCCCCGUGGUCAACUCGUUGUUCCGACAGAGGUGUUGUAUCGAGAAUAUUCUCCGGGCCUGUAUCGGACUUUCUCCCAUUAACCACAUGCUUCUGGAGUACAAAAUGCACAGACCGGAAACGAUCGUCAUCCCAAAGACCCGUGUGUCCAAGAAAGACAAAGACAUUCCUAAAGAGAGUGAGAGUGAUGAUACAGACUGUGAAAAAUAAUAAUGAAAUGUUAAGAGUAUAUAUACAUGUAUUUACUUGCUGUUAACUUAAUUAAGCCUGGAGAGUUCUGAUUUUUUUUAAGGACUGCAGACUGACCGCCAGUAAUCAAAUAUGCAUAUUUGUUUUGAUUCUAGACUAUUGUUGGACUAUAUUUAUCACUGCAUUAAAAUAAACAUCGUAUUAUAUUACCAAUACAUAAAAUGCUUGACUUGAAGAGUACAUAUCCCUCCAAUUUUGUUUGUUCUAGCUAUAAUCAAACAGAGUUAUCUUUCUUUGACUUCAGUACCAGAACACACUAUCCUCAUCAUCAUGAUGUUUGUUUUCUUACACAGUGCAAACAAUUUUCAAUUCUUACUUCAAUAAAAAACCCAUCAAUGUGAAAACUGGAUAUGGCAAUAAAUUAAGGUACAAAACAAUAAUUAUAAAUACAUGUAUAUGACAGACCUUCCUUAAAAGACUCACGAAAGGAAGGGCAUGUUAUGAUUGAUUUAUAGAUUAAAUAACAUUCGUCUUUCAUGUUAUUCAAUAAACUGAAUUCUAAAAGAAUAAUUUUCCAUUUACUUAAAAAAUGAACUUUUAACCCAUUAGGGUCCCCUCUUUGCGGACUCGGGGUGUUAUUUUGUAACAUAAACGUACCUUUUUUCAGGAAGCUAAAACGUAAUUUGGAUAUUACAGAUUAUAUCAGUCUUAAGGUACCUCACCACACCUAGACUUGUACUUUUUUAGAGACUACGUCACAUGAUGGUGUUUCAAAUGUUUUGUUAACAUUUUUUAUCAAUCUGUUUGGUCAAAUAUCGCCAUAGCUAAGUGGUAAGAUUAGCGGGCUUGUGAAGCGCAUAUCAUGACUUUGAGUCCGCCUGGGGCUUUUGUUCAUAUUUACUUAAUUUAAUUUUUGAAAAUAAAAUUUUUAUCCAAAACUAAUUUUUU